UCCUUUUCUCUCCCCUUACCUUCAGCUCGCUGCUCGCUCCUCAACCUCGCCGUCGACGGCGCUCACUUCUCGACGUUCUCGUCGCGGAGCGAAAGCUCGGGCCUUUAGCCUCUUGAAUCGCUGCCCACCGAGCCAAAUUCAUAGAAGCUCGAACUAGCGCUUCAGGUUUUCGCGGGGUCCCUUUCUUGGGAAUCGUUCUUCGGAAUUGCAGGGAUGAAAGGAGGGCGGAAGAACCUGAAGUGGGCUGCAGAGGAACGAGAGGUUACGCUCCAAGAUGGGCAGAACAUCGUGCAAGCCGUUUCCCACCGGGGUUCCAAUCUCGUCGAGGUGAUGGAUGCACAAGGCAGCAAACUUUUGGCGCUAAUCCCAGCUAAAAUCCAAAAGAAAUAUUGGAUUGGACGAGGGACGUUCGUUGUGGUUGAUGACAGUGGCAAGGAAAAGGCACUUGAAUCAGGUAGCAAAGUAGGAUGUAUCGUUUCCAGAGUUCUGUUCUAUGAGCAAGUGCGGGAGCUCAAGAAGUCUCCAGAUUGGCCUGAAGCUUUCAAAUCCUCCAUGGACUCAUCAAGUGAGAAGGUGCUUGCAGUUAAUAACUCUAGCAAACAAAAAAAUGAUCCUGACUCAAAUGAUGGUGAUAACAAUAAUGAUGAUGAAGAAGAUGAGGAGGAGGAGGAGGAGGAGGAUGGACUUCCACCAUUAGAGCCAAAUACUAAUAGGGUAGGACCGGUGGAGUUGCAGCAUGAAAAAUCAGAUUCCGAUUCGGGUUCCAAUUCAGAUUCAGAUUCUUGACAUAUUUACCUCAGCCCUUGUGGGUUUACUGUCAGGACGGAAGUCAUUUCCGUUGUGUCGUGACAUGGACGAAGCAUCUGAUAUUUUGCUGGUGGAGCUUCCAGGAUUAUCAAAAUUCUGAAGACUAGGGAUAUACUGCAGUGAGGGUUCUCUCCUCGAGUAGCUUGUAAUCAGGCUUUUGGCAGCCAUUGAUCUUGUCUAUGUUAGGCUAAAUUCAGCCAUUUAUAUAUAAAUGAAAAGCAAACACUGCGUUCCUGGCUGUUCAAGAUUAUGAUCUUGUGGCCCGUA